AUGGCUUCUUACGGGCUGCUAGGCCAGCCAGAAGAAGGUCGAGUUCACUCCAGCUCUGUCCUCCCAGAUCAACUCGCGUCUCCUCAACGUCGAAGAAAAGCCAUUCAAGCGAAUUUCAAAACGAUUAUUGAACCCCGAGUCCCUCGUUGUCUCACAAUCCUCGCUCCCUCUCACCCCUCCCCCGAAGAAACCGACGCCGACUCCGAUGCGACCGCAAAAGAAGCUGAAAAACAGAAAAGGCUUGAAGAAUGGCGCCACUUCCGCGAGGAUGUCUCACUCGACUUUGCCGCAUUUGAGGGUAGCAUUGCGCGCGUCCAGUUUCUCCUUACUAGUAACGAGCAAGAACGCCAGCGAUAUGCCACCGAGCGAGUUCAGAUUCUGUCGACUAUGCAAUCUGUACGGGAAAGCACGGCCGAUCUACGCAGUCAACUGGAAGAGGCACAGCGACUUCUCUCCUUACGAAAGACCUACGAUGAAUUGACCGACAAAAUCACGAGCAACCGUCUACUCAAGCCGCGCGAAGACCAGUCAGCGAACCUUCAGAAAUUGCGACUGGAGAUUGCAGAUCUCGAGAAGGAAAGCAAAGAUUACGCCAUGACAUGGGCUGAGCGACGCGAACAGUUCGGUCGUAUUGUGGAUGAGGGGAUGCAGCUUCGUCGUCUGAUCCGUGAUGAGAAAGAGGAAGUCGAGCGCCGGGAGGGCAUGCAGGAGGGCGAAGACGGCGACGAUGGGGAUGCCACAUCCAAGGGCAAGGCUAGCAGUGGGAACACUCCUGGUCCUGAAAGUGAUGCCGUGACUCCUUUCCAGCACGGCCAAGAUGAGGCUAGCCGCCCAUCUGCUCUGCAAGUUGAGAAGGCCGGGGCUACCGGUGCUGCGUCGCCACUGCGGCAAGUCACAACCGCCCAGAACGAUGGGGCACGGGAGGACACCAAUAUGCUUGAUGAGGGGUGA